AUGAGGGUGUUCAUCUGCUUCGAGGGCACCUCUGAGCCUUUUGACAUCCCGCCAGAUCAGACUGUGGGGGCCAUAAAGCAGGUGGUGAAGGAUAACUUCCUGGUGCAACUCACUGAUGAUAAGCACGUCCGGCAGUACCUGGAGCUGAGCUACGGUGGUGCAGCGCUGCAGGACAGCUGGGCUCUGUGCGACGUGGGCAUCACAAGUGGCAGUGCCAUCCGAUGCCUGAUAAAGAGUGAACGAAGGCCUGUGAUGCAAGUGUUCAACGCUGUGACGGGAGAAACCUUACCAAUCAUGGGAAGUGAGGCUCUCCCGCAUAUGUCUGUGGCUGGACUGAAAACUGUGGUGUCCACGCUCAGUGGCCUCCCUGUCAGCACCUUCAGACUCAGCACACCCGCUGGUGUGCAACUCUAUGACUGCAACCAACUGCAAGACUAUGCCAUUGAACUGGGCACUACUCUCCGUUUGGACACAUGGGAUGGGUGGGUGGAGUUCCUCCAGGGUUGCCUCCUAGGCCAGAGGUUGACGGUCCAGAGCCACCUAUCAGAGAAGAAGCCAGUGAUGAGGUUUCAGCUGCAGGUAGCGCUCUACAUUGCUGCAUCUUUAGGACACCUGGAUCUGGCAGACUGGCUGCUGGAGAGGGGGGCACAUGCUGAGCAACCAGUGGGAGUCCAUCCGUACCGCCAGUGGUGCCACCAGACCGCCCACCUGGAUACUGGAAAGUGUCCUGUCCACAUGGCUGCAGAGAGCAGUCAGCUCCUCAUCCUCAAACUCUUCAUCACCAAAAACCUUUUGACCUUGGCUUGUCGGGACCCUGCAGGCCGUGACCCUUUGACAGUUGCUCUUCAGUGUGGUCACAGGGAUUGUGUGCGCUAUUUAGCCAACAAGCUGAGCUCAGUAGUAUCCCUGCCAAACUUGUCCCUGCCCAUGCGUAUCUACCUCCAGUUAAAAUGCUGGGUGAGUUUGGGGCAGAAGAGGGCAGCGUCCAAUCGGUGCCAGGACAUCAGCGCUGCCUUCAAGGCCACGGUGGGGGAUAUGUUGCUGGUAGAUGGCUUCAACCAGCCAAAUAUGUCUUCCAAAUCGAGGAAGGCUGUGAUCAAACCAAGGAGAGGAAUUAAGGCCAAAGCUUUGCAGCCCUUACCUCCCAUUAGCAACUUACUUUCACCAUCACAUCUCCCCUCCAUAAUGGCACCAUCCCAGCACAGCCUGCAGUCUGUAUACCCUGGUGACUUGAAAGAGCUGAAACAAGAUGUAAAAAGCAGAGAGGAUGGCCUUUUGGAUGAAAUCAGUAAGGAAGACAGCAGCUUAGGCAAGGGCAAGUUUAUACUCCCGCCAAUCACCAGCAGCGAAAGCAUUCCCAGGCCGGGGUUUGUUGGUGCAUCACCAAAAUCUUCCCACAUUCUGGAGUCCUUCUCUCACCGCUGUGGUCGAACGCCAAGAGAGAAUGCCAUAUACUGCAUGACUAUAGCCAGUACCUUCACAGAGAAGCCUUGGCAGAAGCAGCUGAGCAUAGCACGGACCCUGUUCAGGAAGCGUGUCUACACCUGA